AAAGAUACUAAAAUAGUUUGUCAAACUCGCGAGGUUUUCGACACGAGAUAACGUCAGAAACACAGAUUUCGGUCGUGGAAGUCUUUUAAAUGACCUUAGGAGGAUAGUGAAUAAAAGUUUCGGUCGCCCUCUGUUUCGCCAACCUUAAGAAGUCGUACAAGUUUAAUUGACAAAAAUCAACCAUGUUCCGGACUGUAAUUCUCAAAAGCGAUGUCACCAAGGAGGUGGUUAGAAUAGCCUUUCGUACACAAUGUUAUCGGAACCUGGCCACUCAAUGUGUGAGGAGCAGACACUCUCACAGAUCACUAUCCCACAACUGCAAAAACCAAAUAUUAGUUCAUCAGGCCAUAACUCCACAGCUUUUAGUAAAAUACUUCUCAAGCGGCAGCCUACCGUCCCAUAUUCGGGUAACGCUGCCAGCAUUGUCUCCUACCAUGGAAUUGGGUACGAUUAUCAGCUGGGAGAAAAAAGAGGGCGACAAGUUAAAUGAGGGGGAUUUGCUAGCAGAAAUCGAAACAGAUAAGGCCACCAUGGGCUUUGAGACUCCAGAAGAAGGGUAUCUGGCGAAGAUUUUAAUUCCAGCUGGUUCCAAAGACGUUCCCAUUGGCAAACUGGUCUGUAUCAUUGUGGAAAAUGAAGCCGAUUUAGCAGCAUUCAAAGACUUCAAAGAUGAUGAAGUUGCGGCUCCCCCUAAAGCGGCUGCACCUCCGCCACCUUCUGCUGCACCUUCAGCUCCAGCACCAACAGCUGCAGCACCUGCAGGAGCACCUGCAAAUGUUGGAGCAACAGAUAGAGUAUAUGCUAGUCCUAUGGCCAAAAGACUGGCUGAGCAGAGGAAUAUCCGACUUCAAGGAAAAGGAACGGGCCUGUUCGGUGCGAUUACAUCUUCUGAUUUAGGAGCGCAAGCUCCCGCGGCUGGCGCUCCAUCCGCUCCAGCUCCUGGCGCACCUUCAGGGCCAGCUGUAUCGCAUGCAGCUCCUUCCGCUCCAGGCCCAUAUGUUGACAUUCCAGUGUCCAACAUCCGCAAAACUAUCGCUAAAAGGCUGCUGGAAUCGAAGCAGCUGAUCCCCCAUUAUUAUCUCACUCAAGAAAUAAACGUCGAUGCUCUGCUGAAAGUCCGCGCAAAAUACAACAAGAAAUUGGAAAAAUCCGGCGUGAAACUCAGCGUUAACGAUUUUAUUAUAAAAGCUACCGCUGUUGCAUCUCAGAAGGUGCCCGAAGCGAAUUCACACUGGUUUGACUCAACCAUAAGACAGUAUAAGAAUGUCGAUGUUAGUGUGGCAGUUUCCACCGAUAAAGGCCUAAUCACGCCAAUCGUCUGGGAGGCCAACAAUAAAGGCGUCGUACAAAUCAGCCGGGCAGUGAAAGAAUUGGCUGCCAAAGCCAGGGACGGAAAACUUCAACCACAAGAGUUCCAAGGAGGCACCAUUAGUGUGUCCAACUUGGGCAUGUUUGGUAUUAGUCAUUUUAGUGCCAUCAUCAACCCGCCUCAGAGCUGUAUCCUUGCUAUAGGAACGAGCGUUACGAGGUUGGUGCCGGAUGAAUCCAAAGAAAAAGGAUUCAGAGAAGCCCAAUACUUGACAGUAACUCUUAGUUGCGAUCAUCGAGUUGUCGAUGGUGCCGUUGGUGCGAGAUGGCUGCAAGCCUUCAAGGAAGGUCUAGAAGACCCUGUUUCCAUGAUUUUGUGAAUUUAAAUGUUCGAACAAUCAAAGAUAAGACCGUAAUUUAUUACUGCGAACCGCCAGAACUGGUUUUGAGAGAAAAGCAAAAUUCCUCAAAUCAGUCACAACAUAAUUUGCAUAAUUAUUUUUUUGUUGUGUUUGAGUUGUACAGCCUUUUAAAUUCUAAGAUUAUGACUAUAUUAUUUUAAUAUAGCUUGUUAUUUUUUUUCUCAUCUUCAAUUUAUGAAUUUAAAGGCUUGUACUGCAUAUUUAACGUCUUUCAGUUCAUCAAUACAUGUUUUAUUGCAUCAAGGGCAAAAUUACAUUUAUAGAAAGAUUGACGGGGUUGAUGGUUUAUGGUAAAAAUUGCAUAAUUUUCAACUUCGUCCAUAGCAUGUCGUUUUUCGAAAUUUUCAUAAUAUUUAUUUCAGUGAAUAUUUAUGAGGAGUUUUUAUCAAUUUUCCUCUAAUGAGUUGGAAAUAGGCGAAUCUGCAUUUAUCAAUAUAACCAGCUGUCACUUGAAAUAAUGCCAAUCCAAAUGUUACUUUUACCUCAGCUGUCAGAUAUUUGUUACGUUGAUUUUAUGUGUAUAUAAUAAAAUUAUUAAAUCAU